UCUCAAGAUGGAAAUAGUUGAGAACCAACCACACCAGCUGGGGACUUUGGCGUUCUGCCUCCCAUGAACCCCAUCCUGCCCCUGACGCAGCCCCUAUGCUGGGGUGGCCAGAGGGAGGGCAAAGAAUCUCAUAGUUAUGACAGGAUCCUAAUGCCCCCCCCCUCCAAACACCCUUGAGCUUUAGGCCGGUUGGGAGCAAGCACCGAGCAUCACGGCUCCAGCCCGUCUCUGCAUUUGACAAUGCUCCCGAGCCCCUCCCUGGUUCUUCCCCUGCAGCCCACACGGCCCCCGUUGGCCCUGAGAACGCAGGGUUGUUUUCCACCCCAGGGGUGCCUGAAACCACAAUUGCCAUCUGGGUUUGGCAGCCUCGCGCUCAGACGGAUGGGCUCCAAAUAGAUCUGGCAGCAGGGCCAGGCCCCUCCCGGCCUGUGGUCGAAGCCGGAGGGGCGGGAUGAGGCCCUUUACCCAGACAGACCAGGCUAGCAGCAGGGUAUAAAUGGUGGCCUGUGAGCCACGGGCUACAACAGGCAUCAGCAGAGCAUCCUACAAGCGCUAGACAAGAGUGACCAGAGAAACCGGCUGCCACCAUGAAGACCCUCACCCUGGUGACUUUGAUGGCACUGGCGACCCUAUGCCUGUGCCGUGGAGGCUCGGAUCAUUCCAACAGCGCGAACGACUCGCCCAGCUCUGAAGCAUUCGUCUCCAAACAGGACAGCGCCGAGGUGGUGAGGAGACACAAACGGAACUACGUCUACAGCAGCCUCUAUGAUCUCAUCCACGACCCUCUGGAGGGCAAGCGUGAGAUCUGCGAGCUCAACCCCGACUGCGACGAGUUGGCUGAUCACAUUGGCUUCCAGGAGGCUUACAGACGAUACUACGGGCCCGUCUAGAGCUUCCUGGCCCAGAGAUCCACCCAAGUCAGUCACAGUGCCGGGGAGAGAGAGAGAGCACAGCAGGGAGCAGAGAGAUCGUCUGCCCCAGGCUGAUGUUUGUAACUGUGUGUUAAAUGUACAAGCUUUAUGUUCCCUAAGCUGCCAGGCCAGCCCUGCUCCUUGUACUGAGCCCAGAGCGCUUGCGCUUGUAGCUAUAACGCUGUACUGGCUGUUUCCUGUACGGGCCGGGUGGGUAGUGCUGUUUUUAUGCUAUGGAAUGUUUCUUUAAUGAUGUCUGAGAAAAUAAAUGUGAGGAACGGUGCUGCUGUCUCAGUUAUUGGGCUGAAGGAAGAGAAGAGGGAUGGGCCAGCAGAUUGGGGUGCUAGGGUGGGACUCGGGAGCCCGGCGUUCAAUUGCCAGCUCUGUGCGACCCCUUUGUGCCUCAGUUUCCCCAUCUUUAAAAUGAGGACCGUAAUACUGCUCUACGUCACAGUGCUGAAACUGCUCGAGUGAGGCACUCAUGCUCUGGGAUUAGCUAGCUUUCCUUGUGAACAUAUGCGGUAGUGCCCGGGACCCUGGCUGAACACCCAACAAAAAGACCAUCCCGGCCCAGAACCCAUUAGAAACUAAGCGCGACCUGCAAAGCAGAACUGGGGACCUGCCUCUGGGCUCAGAGACCUCAGCUAGAGCAGCCGGGCUAAUGGGAAAACCGCCCGAGCCAGGCAGUGGCCAUGGCAGGCUAGUCCAUAGGUAAGAAGCUGAAGCUCAACUUCACAGAGUUGCU